CCUUCCUGCCAGCAGAGGGCGACAAAUAAUAAUAACAACAAAGCGCUGCUAACUCCCUAUCUAAAAAGUAAAGAUAACGUCAGAUUUAUAUGCCACAACCGUCCACCGUGUGAUUUAAUAAGACCAUGGGCACUUUUUAAAGUUUUAAAAAGUUCCUGACUGAACUUAGCAGUGAUGUCCAUGUAGGAGAACGACACGAAUCCGAUUUGCGUUGUUGUGGUGGUUUUGCGGCGAGACUGUGUGGAUCAGGCCUGCUUCAACACUUAUACGUGAGGUGCUACAGAAGUUAAGAUGUCGAUAUUGGGUCUUAAAAAGAAACAGCCAAAGACUUUUAAAGUCAAAGUGAUCACCAUGGAUGCUGAAAUGGAGUUCAGCUGUGAGGUGAAAUGGAAAGGGAAAGAUCUGUUUGACCUGGUGUGUCGGACCAUUGGACUGAGGGAAACCUGGUUCUUCGGUCUCAGAUAUAUCGUAAAAGACACCUAUGCCUGGCUGAAGCCUGAUAAACGGGUUCUGGAUCAAGAAGUUCCAAAAGAUUCUCCCAUAACAUUUCAUUUCCUCGCCAAAUUCUUCCCUGAAAAAGUCGAGGAUGAGCUUGUUCAGGAAAUCACUCAGCAUCUCUUCUUUUUACAAGUAAAAAAGCAGAUAUUAGAUGAAGAGAUAUUUUGUUCUCCAGAGGCCUCUGUUCUUUUGGCAUCAUAUGCUGUUCAAGCUAAGUAUGGAGACUAUGAUCCAAACUUUCACAAGCCAGGCUUUUUAGCUCAGGAUGAGCUCUUGCCCAAAAGAGUGCUGAUGCUGUAUCAGAUGACACCAGACAUGUGGGAAGAGAAGAUAACUGCUUGGUAUGCUGAACACAGAAACAUCACCAGGGACGAGGCCGAGAUGGAAUAUCUCAAAAUAGCACAGGAUCUGGACAUGUAUGGAGUUAGCUACUUUUCUAUCACACAAAAUAAGCGGGACACCGAGCUCCUUCUAGGGGUUGAUGCUCAAGGUCUUCACAUUUACAGCCCCAACAACAAACUCAGCCGUAACAAAUCCUUCCCUUGGAGCGGAAUCCGUAACAUCUCAUACAGCGAGAAAGAGUUUACGAUCAAGCCGUUGGACAAGAAAAAGGAGGUUUUUAAAUUCUAUUCGUCUCAGCUCAGAGUUAACAAAUUGAUCUUGCAGCUGUGUAUUGGGAAUCAUGAUCUGUUUAUGAGGAGGAGGAAGGUGGACUCCAUAGAGGUGCAACAGAUGAAGGCUCAGGCAAGAGAGGAGAAGGCCAGGAAAAAGGUUGAGCGUCAGAUUCUUGCACGGGAGAAGCAAAUGAGAGAGGAUGCCGAACGAGCAAAAGAAGAAAUGGAACGUCGUCUAUUUCAAAUACAGGACGAGGCUCGAAUGGCCAAUGAAGCUCUUCUGCGCUCAGAGGAGACGGCCGACCUUUUGGCAGAGAAAGCUCAGAUCGCGGAGGAGGAAGCUAAACUGCUGGCUCACAAAGCGGCUGAGGCGGAGCAGGAGAGGCAGAGAUUGGAGGUCACAGCCCUCAAAACCAAAGAGGAGAAGAGACUGAUGGAGCAGAAGAUGAGAGAAGCAGAACAACUGGCAGUUAAACUUGUCGAGCAGUCUGAAAGGAGACUGAAGGAAGCUGACCACCUAAAACAGGAUCUGAACGAGGCUAAAGACGCAGAGCGAAGGGCUAAACAGAAACUUCUGGAAAUCACGAAAACAACAUACCCUCUGAUAGCAGCAUAUUCCAACCCUCCGCCACCCGCUGGGCCGGAGGUUCAGGAUGCGCCUGUAGAAAUGGCCAGCUCCGCCCGAUUGGAAUUUAAAGACUCUGAUAUGAAGAGGCUUUCUAUGGAGAUUGAGAGAGAAAGGCUAGAGUACAUGGAGAAGAGCAAACAUCUUCAAGACCAGCUAAAAGAACUGAAAUCUGAGAUUGAAUCCCUAAAGUUGGAGGAGCAGCAGCAAGCUGGACUCUACAGCCUCAGGAGUUACGCUGAACCUCCUUAUAUUCCCCACAGCAAUAGGAAUUCUGCUUACAUGGCUCAGAUGGCCUUCUAUGAGGAAGUCUGAAAGAAGAAUUCAUAUGGAGCAGACGGUCUAAAGAAACAACUGUUUGCAGCUAUCACUGAUGCAUGCAUGUACACUAAAAGUGCAAGCACAACCUCAAAUACUGUGCCUUUAAAAAAUAAUAUAUUUGAUACUAUAUUUCACAUUUUUAUGUGUUAACAUUUCAGGUUUGGUUGUGUGUACACAAGUCGUGUUUUAUCAAUACCACCAACAGUUUGGCAGGUAAAAACUAUUAGUUUGUGAUUUUGUUCUGGGAGUGCAUAUUAAUGCAGAUGCAGAAGACAAGGGAUAUUUUUGAUGCAUUAAGUAGUGCCUUGAUAAUGAUCAAAUUAAGUUUGCAUGCCUAAUGUGAUUGUGUUAGUGGUUACCGCACUGGAAACACUAAAGCUUUCAAAUUCCUUCUAAUUUUAAGGUGCUUGAACAACUUAAAGCGAUAGUUUACUUAAAUUACUUACCCUUAUGUUGUUUUAAACCUCUAUCUUGAACAAAAAAGAAGAUACUCAAAAAAUUAUGGUAACUGCACAGUUGACGGUACCCAUUGACUUCCAUAGUAGGAAGACAAUGGGUUUCGUCAAAUGUGUGCUUACCAUCAUUUAUCAAAACAUCUUCGUGGUCAACAGAAUGAAAGAUAAGCAUACAUGUUUAGAACAAUUUUAGCAUAAAUGACGACACAAUUUUCAUUUUUGGGUGAACUAUCACUUUAAAGGGACACUUUUAAAUAAAAUGCUAAUUUUCCAGCUCCCCUAGAGUUAAACAUUUGAUUCUUUCCUUUUUGGAAUCCAUUCAGCUGAUCUCCGGGUUUGGCGCUAGCACUUUUAGCAUAGCUUAGCAUAAUCCAUUGAAUCUGAUUAGACCAUUAGCAUCGUGCUAAAAAAAUAGCCAAAGUGUUUGGAUAUUUUUCCUAUUUAAAACUUGGCUCCUCUGUAGUUACAUCGUGGACUUUGCUGCUGUAACAUGUCUGCAGGAGGCGCAAUGAAAUUACGCAGCAGCCGAAAAUAGUCCCCUUAGUAACUUUCAAUAGCAGGGGACUAUUUUCGGGCAGUGCGUAAUAUCACUACGCCUGCUGCAGCCAUGUUACAGCUGCAAAGUCCUUGAUUAUUACGCCAGAAUGAGAGUAUAGUUCCUAGCCAUAUCUGCCUAGAGAAUCGCAACUUUUAAUUUUCUUUCGGUCUUAGUACACGAAGUAACUACAGAAGAGUCAAGUUUUAAAUAGGAAAAAUAUUGAAACUCUUAUUUUUUAGUGCGAUGCUAAUGGUCUAAUCAGAUUCAAUGGAUUGUGCUAAGCUAUGCUAAAAGUGCUAGCGCCAGACCCGGAGAUCAGCUCAAUCAGCUAAUUCAAAUGUUUAACUCUAGGGGAGCUGGAAAAAAGUAUAUUUUCAAAAAAAAGUGGAGUGUCCCUUUAACUAGAUCCUGUUAACUGGGUCCCACACGUAGAAAUGCACCAAACUGUUUUAACCAAGAUUUCAGUAAAUGUCUAUAAAUAUUAAGUAUUUGCAUGUUUUGGACUUAGGAAUGUAUACUUGCAUUGAUUUGUUUUAUCCUGUUAUGAUUUAAUAUGUAGGUGAUUGAUAUUCUCCAAUACACUUUAGUGCCUUUUGGAUAAGCUUGCACUAGUUUUAUCACACUAUGGGUCCUCUUCUGCUGGUGAUGUAUCACACCUGACAAGAGUGCCAGCCGUAACUUUUCUGUCUUAUGCAACAGAGGUGGAUUGAUAGCCUCUCUUUUUAUACGUGUUGUUAUUUAUCCAUUUUGGCUGACUGUUUUGGAUUUUUUUUCCUUAUUUUUUUACAGUGUUUAAUGUUAUACAGAAGUGCUUUUAUUGAUUUUUCGACAGAUUUUGUUACUGAAAGCUGACGCUUGGGCUUAUUUUUGGACGUUUAUGAGCUGUAUUGACAUUUCAGUACACUACACUACAAAGAGUAGUAAACAACUAAAUAACUGAAGUAUUGAACAUUUCAAACCUUUGUUUCUUCAUUUGGCCCUUAAAGGAAAGAAAAACUCAAAACGUCUAACCUUAUUUUAACACCUCACUUCUAAAAAGUAAAAAAAAAUUACUUUGUUUUAAAUUGUUUGCCAAGUAGACUUCUGCACUCAUUAUCUGACUGUUCUACAAAUGGUUUUGUGUUAGAAGUUGGUGAAAUGUUAAAAUGAGACAAAUGUGUGUUCACGUCUAAAGAGAUUUAUUGCAAAGUCUUAUUAGGUGUAGUUAGAAACAUUCCUGUGUUAUCACCAGCAUGGCUAUUUGUACACUAGCUUAAGAUGUCUUAAGUCAAACUAACUUCACGAGGCACAUGUUCAUGUUUUAAUGAAUGCCACAACCAUCUGUGACUCUCUGCCCAGUGUUGUUUUUACUCAACUGCAUCACAGUUUCUUUGUGAAGUAUGAAUUCAGUAACCGUGAGCAUCUGCACGGGUGGCUUUCAGUUUUAGCUUCUAUUAGAGCACUGUAUUACUGCCUUUUGUGAUUUGUGUCAUGGAUACAGAUGGUCAGUAUCAGGCACAGAUGGUUCAUAUGCAAGUGGGUAACAUAAAGCAACCUCAAAUGUGCAGUGAAUUCUAAACCAAUACAUAAAUAAAAUGCAAAGAUGA